AAGUGUGGGAGGAUAUCGAGCUUUUCCCCGGGUCCUUCAGCUGAGCCGCACCUCCAAGAUGAUGAGUUAUUAUAUGGACACAGCCAUCAGCAAUGCAGCUCCUUAUGCUUUGGCUCGGCCUGGAAUGAUGAAACAGGGAGUGCCUGUUCCCUGCGAGGAUCCCUGGGUGACCUGUGCCUUCCAGGCCUCCUGCUGCCAGCCCCGGCCCUGCUGCCCGCUCUGGGACGAGCCCGCCACACAGGAGGUGCCCACCGGGCUGGAGCACUACGGCACGGACAUGGAAUGUGCAGAUGUGCCUUUAUUAACGCCCAGCAGCAAAGAAAUGAUGUCCCAGGCACUGAAAGCCACGUUCAGCGGCUUUGCCAAGGAGCAGCAGCGGCUGGGAAUUCCCAAAGACCCGCAGCAGUGGACGGAGACGCACGUGCGGGACUGGGUGAUGUGGGCAGUGAACGAGUUCAGCCUGAAGGAGGUGGAUUUCCAGAAGUUCUGCAUGAAUGGAGCUGCCCUCUGUGCCCUGGGCAAGGAGUGCUUCCUGGAGCUGGCGCCUGAUUUUGUGGGAGACAUCCUCUGGGAACAUCUGGAGAUCCUGCAGAAAGAGGAGGCGAAACCGUACCCAGCCAACGGAGUGAGCACCACAUACCCCGAGUCCCGCUACACCUCAGACUACUUCAUUAGUUACGGCAUCGAGCACGCGCAGUGCGUGCCCCCCUCCGAGUUCUCGGAGCCCAGCUUCAUCACCGAGUCCUACCAGACCCUGCACCCCAUCAGCUCGGAGGAGCUGCUGUCCCUCAAGUACGAGAGCGAGUACCCCUCGGUGCUGCUGCGCGAGCCCGCCCAGGACCCGCUGCACAACGACUUCUUCUCCAUCAAGCAGGAGGUGGUGACCCCAGACAACAUGUGCAUGGGCCGUGCCAGCCGAGGUAAGCUGGGGGGCCAGGACUCCUUCGAGAGCAUAGAGAGCUACGACAGCUGUGACCGCCUGACGCAGUCCUGGAGCAGCCAGUCCUCCUUCCAGAGCCUGCAGCGCGUCCCCUCCUACGACAGCUUCGACUCUGAGGACUACCCUGCCACCCUGCCCAGCCACAAGCCCAAGGGCACCUUCAAGGACUAUGUGCGGGACCGGGCCGACAUGAACAAGGACAAGCCUGUCAUCCCUGCUGCUGCCCUGGCUGGCUACACAGGCAGUGGACCCAUCCAGCUGUGGCAAUUCCUGCUGGAACUGCUCACUGACAAGUCCUGUCAAUCCUUCAUCAGCUGGACGGGCGAUGGCUGGGAAUUCAAACUUUCAGACCCAGACGAGGUGGCCCGGCGAUGGGGCAAGAGGAAAAACAAGCCCAAGAUGAACUACGAGAAGCUGAGCCGUGGGCUGCGCUAUUACUACGACAAGAACAUCAUCCACAAGACGGCGGGGAAGCGCUACGUGUACCGCUUCGUGUGCGACCUGCAGAGCCUGCUGGGCUACACCCCCGAGGAGCUGCACGCCAUGCUCGACGUCAAACCUGACGCUGAUGAGUGACAGGGACACGGGCACGGCGCUGUCCCCACAGGGACGGCCGCGGGACUUGUGUGGCGGUUCUGUUUUUAUUGAUUUUCGCUGUUCUUCUGCUCGUUUUUUUUCCGAGGGCCGCUCAGAUUCGAGGCUUUGAGGAUGUCGGGGGAGAGGGGGGAGGAAGAGGAAAACUUUAGGGAAGGAUGGGCUUUUUGUUGAUUUCCUGAAAGUUUCAAGACAGGCUUUUCUGGGGGAAAAUUCUGAGUUUUGAGAAAGCCAGGAAAAUGUAGCUCACUUAAAAAAACCAACAAUCCCCUCCCCACCCUUGGCUGUUUAGAAAAAUAUUGCGAUGGAAUGGAUCCCUUUGGUCGCUCACACACAAACUGACAGGUCAGGAAUGACAAUAUUCCUGAGGAUUUGAGGAAUUUUAAACUUUUUUCUUUUGGAAAACCAAAAUGGGUGAAUAUUCUUGCUUUGGGGAGGGGCAAUAUAGGAAAAGACCAAGAACUGCUGUUCUUGUUCCAUCACCUUUCUGUCCAUUGUCCUCUUUUCUACAAGAGAGAAUUUUUCCUAGGAGGGAUCAAGACUUUUUUUUUUUUUUAAAGUUUUAUUUUAUUAAAUUUUGUGCCAGUAUUUGUUUUUUUUUUUUUUUCUAAAUAGUCUUAAGCUCUAAGAUGGUCUCAGUAUUGCAAUAUUGUGUGUGUUUGUUUCUGUUCUGCCAGCAGAGAGUUUUAUCCCAGGGAUGAAAAAGAGGAAUUAGUUUAUGUAGACCCCACUGGAGAAUUGAAAUGCUGGGACUGGGAUGGGAAGGAAAAUGAACUCCAAAGUGGCUCCUGUUGAUGCUGGCUGGGGGUUCCACUCCUGUUUCCAGCCCACAUGCUGUGCUGAUAAUGCUGGUUGAAAUCCCUGCUUUUUUUUUAAUGUCUGGCUGCACAAAUCCUCUCAAAAUUUCCAUGGAAAAUGUCUUUUGGUAUUUUUCAAAUCACUUCUUUUGCUCAAGGAACACUUUGGUGCUUACAGACAUUUUUUUGGGGGGGAGGGGGAAAGGAGAGAAAUUCCCAUGUUUUCAAUGUGGUGAAUGGAAAAUGUGCAAGUUAAUUGAGGGGAAAAAUCAGGAAAAAGUUCAAAACCCAAGGGAAAUGCUUUUUCCUUCCUGUUUCAAACAGCUCUGUCUUUAUGGCCGUGUGUGGGCACAGCAGAAAAGAAAUUGCCCCUGCAAAUGGGCUCAUUAUGGCUCUUGGGCUGCUGCUGUCAGGGUGAGGGUGGCACGGGGCACGAUGUCACCAGGGGUGGCUGUGGGACCAGGCCAGGGCAGCUGCUCCCUCUGGCCCCCAGACCCUUCCUGCAGCUGGUUCUCUCUGGAGGGGUCACUCCUGCUGUCCCUGGGGUGCUCUGGGCAGGCUGAGGACAAGGUCCCACCACCCUGGGGGCAAUGGUGGGACCUGGAGGGUCAGAGGCUGUUCCCAUACCCCAGUACAAUCCCAAAGCCAGAUCCCUGCAGAUUUGGCCUCCCAAGGGAAUCUUUCACCCCCCCCCCCGGGUGUUUGCAUUUAAAGGCAGCAUUUUGGACUUUACCAAAAUCCCUUCUCUGAGUGUCUUGGGGCACAGAGCUCAUUCCAGAGGCACUGGGACAGCUCUGGGAGUUGGGGUCAGAGCUUUUCCAUAGGAUCUGAGGAGUGAUUCCUGCCUGAUCCCAAAGGAUGGGGUGCCAGGACAGGAAUCUGUGUAAAAUACCCAGAAUAUUCAGGCACAACCCCCCCUCACAGGAGCAGAGCUGGAGGGGAGCCCAACCCCAAAGUGAUGCCCAGAGGUGCUGGGCUCUCCUUGGGCUCUGGGGCAGGGACCCAGCACCUCUGUAUCCUAAAACUGGGCAUUUUAGGGAAAAUCAGCCCCAGAAUUGCUGUGCCUUACAGAGGGUGGAGUUGGAGGGAAAUGGGGAGGCCAGGAGGGAGCUCCUGCCAGGGGCUGGAAGCAGAGGGGGCCCAGGAAGGGACGGUGUCACACUCAGGUGCUGUGAGUUGUCUGAAGGAAAGGUGGGAUGGAGGGAAAGGAGGGAAGAGGGGAUGGAGGAAGGUGAAGGGAGCCCCAAAGGAGGAAAGGGACUCUGCCCACUGAGAAUGGAACUCAGGCUUGUCUCCUUGGGCAGGCAGGGAGGAGGAGGAUGGAGGCAGCCUGGCCAAGCUGGAGGGAGAAAAGGGAAAUUGGGAUAUCAUGGAUGAGACCCCCAAGGUGAGGCUCUGGGACAGGUCCAGCCUGAGCCACAGCUGGGCAGCUGGACAGGGAGCAGGAGAGCUGUGAGGGCACAGAGGGCACAGGGAGGAGCUGGCAAAGAGCAUCCCAGCAGCAAUCAGAGGGGUUUGGGAUGUUCAGGGCUGCUGCAAAAUGCCCUGAGCUGGCCCAUCAUGGUCACUUCAAUGCCCCUUCCAGCCUUAGAAAGGGACUCCCAGACAUCCCAGCUCCUGCCCCUGGCAUGGAUCCUGUCCCAGGACAUCCCUCCUGCUUUGCUUGGAUGCUCCAGCUGAAAAAGAAAAGGAAUGGGAUAAAAUUUCCCUCCAAGAGGAGGAAUUGCAGGUUUGGCUACAGCCCCACACCCCUACCAGGCUAAAUCCCUCCCCCACUGUGCUUAUUCCAGGUUUCCAAGCUGGGCCUGGGUGUUCCCUGUGAUUCUGGGGAGGUGGUUAAAGGUAGGGAAGGGUGAGCCAGGGGAAGCAGCUCUGGAUUUUUGGAAGAAGCCUCUGGCUGGAGUUUCCUCAUCAUUUCUCCAGCCCUUUGCCCUCCCAGCUCACAGCCUGUGAACAGUCCCAGACACAUCAGCUCCAUCAUUUCCUAUUUUCCUUUGCUUUAUUCCUGUUCUAGAGGCCAUCCCAGAGAUGGGUGCUGUUUAUACACUGGAAAUGUGCAGAUUUCUCUUUUGUUUCUUUUGCUUUGGUUCCUUUUUCCUUCUGCUUUUCACUGCUGGUCUUUGGUGAGGGCUGUGCUGAGCAGGACAAGCUCAACCCAGACCCUCUGAGCUCCUUCAAGUCCAUGAAAAUUUGGUUACUUCCCAUCUGCUGGCCCAGAAGGAUGGAUCUGAGAGGGAUGAUGGAGAUCUGCCAGGGCUGGGACUCCCCCUGUGCUUUUCCUCCACGCAGGAGUGGAUUUCCCCCUUGCAGACAAUGUUGGAAACGGGGUCAUUUUGUCUUGGUUUGGAAUGUCUCAGGUGCUUUGGGUGAGAUUUUGGGGUAUUUUCUGUGUCCUGCUCAUUCUCUGCUGUUUCCAUGUGGGUUGGUGUUCCCCUGGCCCCUCUGGCAGAGCCUGAGCCUUGCAAACAGCUUAGGGGACCUUGACAGUUGAUAUUUGGGAACUCAAAAAUAAUGGGAAAAAUCCCAAUAAUGAUAAUCCCACCUCAAUAAUGACAAAACCCACAAGCACUUUCCUGCUGCCAGUCCCUCUCCAUCUCCAUGUGAUAACCCUUGGACUCUGGGCUGUGUCCAAGUGGAGAUCCAUGCCAUUCCCACACUCCCACCAUCCCCAUCCAGAUGGGAUCCUUCAGGGGUAGAAAUAACAGAACAGGGCAACAAAUAAAGAGUAAUGUAAAAUUUCACUUUCUCCUGUCUUCCCAAAGCAACACCUUCUCCAAAAAAUGGUCCCAGAAAGCAGCAGUAGAUCCAGAUGCUGCAGGAAACAUCUCCACUUUCUGAGUUUUGAGUUUUUGGAGGGGUUUUCUCCGAGGUUUUAGGAUUCAAUUGCUGGUUCCUUGUGAAAGCUGGGAUGCCUUGGUGUGCUCUGUUCCCUGGUAGGGUCUGUGUAACACCCAGGAGCUGUUGUCUACAUUCCAAAGAGGUUUAAAUAAAGGAUAAAUCUAUGUAUACAUAUAUGUUAUAAUGGAAUAUCUCCAGGAAUUAACUGCCUCAGUAAAAAAAAAAACCAACAAAAAAAAUUCCAAAAGUAAGGAAGUCUUUUUUGUUUUAUUUUGGUUUUACACAUUUUUUUAAGCUGAUAAACUUAGAAGAAGUUAAAAAAAAAGAGAUUGUUAUAUUGUGCUGUUCGACUAUUUUCCAACGUGUAUUUUCAUAUAAUUUAUAUUUUUUAAAAGUGGGAAAAAAAAAGUUUAAAAGCGAGAUUUAAAAAAAAAAAUAAAAAAACAA